AGAGCCGGCCUGGGCCGGGAAGGCGGCCGGAGACGGAGGCAGAGCUCGGAGCUGGUGCUCCGUGAGCAGCUCCGUGAUGGGGAGAAGCCCCACACGUGCGGGGAGUGUGGGAAGAGCUUCAGGUGGAACUCUGUACUAAUCACGCACCAGAGGAUCCACACUGGGGAGAAGCCCUUUGAGUGUGGGGAGUGUGGGAAGAGCUUCAGCCAGCGCAGCAAUGUGCUCAGGCACCAGAGGAUACAUAGUGGAGAUGGGUCCCUUGAGUGUGGGGAGUGUGGGAAGAGCUUCAGUAGGAAAUGCAGCCUGAUCCAGCACCAGAGGUCCCACAUUCGGGUGAAGUCUAACGAGUGUGGGGAGUGUGGGCAGAGCUGCCGAUGGAGGUCGGAGCUCAUCAGGCACCAGAGGACCCACACUGGGGAACGGCCCUACAAGUGUGGGGAAUGUGGGAAGAGCUUCAUUAAGAGCUCUCACCUGAUGCUGCACCAGAGGAUCCACACUGGGGAAAAGCCUUUCGAGUGUUCCGAGUGUGGGAUGCGCUUCAGCCACAGCUCCGCCCGGAACAUGCACCAGAGGAGCCACACAGGGGAGAGGCCCUUCGAGUGUGACAAAUGCAGGAAGAGGUUUCGGACCAGCACCCAUCUCCUCCAGCACUAUCAGACUCACACAGAGGAGAGGCCCUUCCAGUGCCCUGACUGUGGGAAGGGAUUCAGGCAGAACUCCCACCUCAUCAGGCACCGGCGCAUCCACACUGGGGAGAGGCCCUACGAGUGUGAUAAAUGCGGGAAGAGGUUUCGGACCAGCUCUUAUCUCCUCGAGCACUAUCGGAUUCACUCAGAGGAGAGGCCCUUCCGCUGCCCCGACUGCGGGAAGGGAUUCAAGUACAACUCCACCCUCGUCACCCACCGGCGCAUCCACACUGGGGAGAGGCCCUACGAGUGUCCCCAGUGUGGGAAGACCUUCUCCAGGAACUCUCACUUGACCCAACACCAACUUAGACACCACUAAGGGAAGCCCUGUGAGUGCCCCGAGUGCGGGCAGAGCUUCGUGCGCUGCUCCAGCUCCAUCCCCCACUGGAGGAGGCACUGUGGGCACAGCCCUGGUCACUCACAUUCCCUGUGAUCCCUGCUGGGAAGACACAUGGAGGCUUCAAAUUUUGGUUUGGCCUUAAUAUUUCUCCCUUCUCCAUCUCUUUGCACUCCAAAAUCCACGAGGGAUGGAUCUGUCACCUCAAAACCACUCAAAUCCCACUGAAAACAGAUCAAUCUUAUCACAAAACUGCUUAAUUGCAACUCAAAAAACUCAAUGUCAUAGAAAACUCACUCAAUUCCUCCACCACCUGAGUAAGACUGGGCUUGAAGGAGACUGAGAGAAGCGUGACCUCACUUAGGGUGGUGGGAUGGGGAUUAUCUUGGGCUGGGUGUGUGGGAUGUAUUUGAUACGAAAUAAAACUCUCAGACUUACA